CAAAACAACAAACCAAGGAGGGGGACGUUUCAACAAGUACUUAUUUGAGAGAGCUUCCAAAGUCGAGUCUUUUAUGUGAGUUCUGUCAAUACAAGACUGAUACAUGUACGCUAAUGAAAGUGUACUGCUUUAUUUCGCUAAUGAAAGUGUACUGCUUUAUUUCGUACGUAGUGGGAAACAUGUACUUAUCCUUCUAGCCAGCUAAGGAGAUAAACUAACGUUAAGAGUUACGUGGCUACUGUUCAAUUGUCUUGAAAAACUCCGGAAGUAAGGCAACACUUUUCAAAAUACAAAUGGGGUUCCGACAUUACUAUACUGUCAUUUGUGCUACCCCAAAAUAAUCAAAUUUCCCGUUUUCAAUUGCAUUCUCCCAGUGAAGCUAAUUGAAUUUGUACCAGGCUCUGGCUACACUUAGCUUAGUCUUGGAAAUUAGUUAGCUAUACAUUAACGUACCUAAUACAAAUGUCGUUUGAGUGGUCUCGGGCACGGUUAUAUUUUGACAAUUUUGUACCGGAAAUUGUACUGUUUUAUUCUAACUUAUUGACACCUAGCUAACAACGCAACCGUUUUCUCUUUAAUGUAAUUUGAAAUGCCAAUGCCUAAAGAUUCGGCAUAAGACGCUUAGCGAGCAGCAUUUUAUUUCAGUAAAAUGGUACUUAUUACGAAUGGCUUACACUGAUCAUUUGUUUCGUACGCGGAGCAUUUUGGUUUAAGAACAUUGAGGGAUUCCUGGUAGAACAAGACCUUUAAAAUUGUCUGUUCCCAUUGGCUGAUGGAGUGGACAGUAUCACUAUGUCUCACAGACUGACCAAGGAAGAGCUGGAUGAACAGUUUGAGCUGUUCUUGAAGGAGUCUAUUUCAGAUGACUCAGUGGAUUUGUGCAGCUCCGACAAGCAGCCUAGUGCUAAAAGCAGUCAGAAACCAACAGUGUCUUGGUGGCAAGAUGACGAACACAGCGGUGAAGGAACAGGCAGAGGACUGCUGGGAUCUGGAAAGUCUUUCAGGAAGUCUUUGAGGAAGUCUCAGUCAAUCCGAGAGGAGGAUGAGAAUCCAGGAAACGCUGGUUGGCAGGAAGAAGGGCUGGAAGCAGCUGAUCUCAUCAGAGACAAUACUGAGAUAAAGGACUCAGUGAUGGUACCAGCUGCGAACACGACCAGUAUUGGCUUGGACACUCUGGAGGAAGAAGAGGAGAAAGCCAGGUUCUUUGCCCAACUAGAGGCAGGGGCUUCAUCAACUAUAGAUUACUCCAACCUGAACAGAGAACUGGACUCAACAAGUUCUACCAUCGGUACUAACCUCAGGAAGGCUGAGGAAGCAGUGGAGCAGAGUGAUGAUGAUAAAAGGAAGACUAAAGUCACGGAGACUGUCAGAGAGUCUCCAGCCUUUACAGGCUCUCCACACUACAGUGAGGAUUUUGAGGAAGAGGAGAAUGGAAAAGAGCCACUGGAGGAGAAGUCUAAAAUGUCUCCAAUUCUAGCCAAAGUUUCCCUCUAUGAUUCCCUGGAUGACACCAGUGGAGAAGACAGAAGAAAGGACACAGCAGGAUCACUGGACAGAGGCCAGUCGUAUGUGCAGAGUGGAGGCUCAGAGAUGGAGGCUCUUCAUGAGGCCUACAGACAAAUCCAUGUUGUUGAAGAUUCAGAUGAUCAUAAUCACCAUUAUUCAUCUCUGGAAGGGAGGGGGAGCAUCAACAGAGUUGCGUCUCCAUCCUCCCCUCCUCAACAUGCCAGACUGUCUCUUCAGCCUGCUUCUACUAAUGAGUCAGAGCUACCCACUGCAGAAGAGUUGAUGAGACCCAUCCGGCCAGAGAAUAACCAUAUCAGAGGCUUCACCCUCCAGCCUGUCAGUGCUGUAGAACUUGACCAAGAAAAGACAUCCCACUCCAUGGAAAGGACUUUCCCAGAUCUGAGUCCUCCAGAGACACAACUGAAGCAACUAGGAAAGGCUCUCCCCGUUGCAGGGAUAAAGGGAGCCAUGGGAUUGACUAGCCACCCGUCCAGCUCCCCAGACCCUCCCAACCAUAACCUGACAUGGAGCAUCAGACAGGAAGUAGAGAAGCUGAUGCAGGAUCAGAACAAAUAUUCUUCUGACACAUCCUCUCAGGCACGCAAAGCUAAGAAACAACCGUCCUCCCAUGGCUCCACUAUUUCUCAUCCCUCUACAUCUUCAGUGAGGAAACCCACAGUGGCUUCUGUGAGAGGCCAGAGAGUGGAGGGGAGAACAACAGUGACUUCCAGGCCGUCAGGGCUGAGUAGAGCUGCUGCUACAGCCAAAUCCCGGUCUUCUGUUUCCUGUCCUCUGCGGCAUCCACAAGAAAAAGUCAAAUUUACAAAGAGCCAAGAAAAAGCUGACUACACAGCAGAGCCAGGUCUGAAGGUGAGCAGUGAGCUGGUGGCAUCUGUUCAGUCCUUAGUGGCUGUCCUACAACAGCAGAUAGACACCAGCAGUCACCAGGAUGCUACACACACACAGGAAGUCAGAGGUCCUCAAGAAAGCAGACUGACACAUCAUCUUCCAAAGAAAAAUAGGGAGGAGGACAGCUCUCUGGUGGAGGAGCUGAGAGUCCAGCUGGCUCAGAAAGAGAGGGAGCUGCAGAUGAUGAAGGAAGGAGCAGAGGAGCUCAACUCACUCAGACAGCAGAACUACCUACUGCAAAGCAAGCUGCGAAGUGCAGAAGAAGCCAGUCAGAAGAAGAGAUGGGCCGAGGCCGCUGACUCUGCUACAGAAGAAAAGCUCCAACAGAUGUAUAAAGAAAUUAAAGAGCAGGAGACGCUUAUAAAAGGUUACCAGCAGGAGAAUGAGAUGCAGUAUUUUCAGAUGAAGGCUCAGCAGGCCAAGAGUAAAGCGAACGAGGAGGCCAUGUUUAAUGAAAACCAGAGGCUGCUGAAUGAGCUGGCUUUCACAAGGGAGCAGCUGAAUAAAACCUCUAGGCCUGCGGGAAAUGUCUGCCUAAUGGAUCACACUCAACGCAUCACAGACUUGUUAGCUCAAAUAAAUACAUUUCAGAGGAAUGAGGCCAAGCUGUCUGAGGAUAUUCACAGACUGAAGCAAGAAAAGCAGGCUCUGGAUGUAGACCUGCAGCUAAUGAAGAAAGAGAGAGACCAAGCUAAAGCUAAGGCCAUGUCUGCCUCAGGUGACAAGACUUUUGAGAUGUGUGUAUUGGAGAACAAGCACAGAGAGGAAGUGGCAGCCCUGAAGAAGAAGCUGCAGUGGUUUGCUGAGAACCAGGAGUUGCUGGACAGAGAUGCUGGCAGACUGAAGACUGCUACAGCUGAGAUACACCAACUCAAAGAGCAGGUAGAAAAACUGAAAAUGGAUGUAGGCAAAAGAAGCAUUGAGCAGCAGAGAAAGGCCAAAGAGAAAACAGUGGACACUAAGAGGAUGCAGGACCUAGAGCGACAGGUAAAGGAGCUGGAGCAGAUACUAAGAAGUAGAAACCCAAACUCCCUGCAUGCUCUGAUCUACGCUGCAGCCAUGGCUGGCAGUCAAGAGGAUGUGGAGGCUGCCAAGACGUCCCCACCCAGCAGGAUCAAUGCCCUGCUGGAGCGCAGGGUUCAGCGUCUGGAGGCCGAGCUGGAGAGUCACGAUGAGGAGGCCAAGCGCAGCCUGCGGGCCAUGGAACAACAGUUCCACAGGAUCAAGCUCCGCUAUGAGCAGCAGAUAUCAGAACUGGAGCAGCAGCUGGAACGGAAACAUCAGCUGGAAACAGCAGACUCAGCAGCUGGGACCGAGCCGUGGAUGUCACAGGUUCGAACACUGGAGCAAGAGCUGCAGCGUGUGAAGGAAACCCACCAGGAGAAAGAAAAAUCACUCCAGGACCAGAUUGAGUCUCUCCAGCAGCAGCUCAAACACAAGACCCAGCCAAGUCCAGGCCGACACCAGCGUCAAGCCGAGGCAGCAUUUGGUGUCCGGAUAGAGCGGCUGAACCAAGAGCUCGCCACCAAGACUCGGACCAUUCAGGAGCUGAGCCGCACUGUGGAGAGACUGCAGAAGGAGAGGAGGAACAUGCUGUCUGUCCCCAUCCCACGACCAGAAACCUGUUCUACAGAGACCAAGCGACAACCGGGCCCAGCCAAAACACUCUGUUCUGCUACUGCAGUAGAGACAUGUGGAGAGGAAGAAACUUUUCCAGCUGCUCAUUAUGAGAAGACUUACCAGCCCACUGUCUUUACAGGAAGUCAUAUCUCAGAAGUUCUGCAGGAGAACGAGGCUCUGAAGCAGCGUCUGGAGCUGCUGGAGCUGCAAAGAGAGCAGGACAGGGAGGCAUUAAAGGCUGAUGCUGUACAAGCUGAGGAGGAGCUGUGCAGGCUAAAGGUGGACUCCGCAGAGCAGCUGUCCUCUAUGAAAGCAGAGCACCUCAGGGUGUUAAACCAGCUGCGUGCCACCCAUGCCCUGGAACACUCGUCCUCAAAGGUUGCUGAACUGGCCAAUAAGCUCAACACUCAGGAGAUAAUGGUGAAACAUUUGCAAGACCAGCUGAAAGAGCUGCAGGGAGCUAAAGAUGAGCUGAAAAUAUCCAGGACCCGAGAGGACGCUCUGCAGAAGCGGCUGACCACACUGCUGAAGGAGCUGAAGGAGGCUACAGAAGCUCAGAGCCCAGAGGUGAAGCUCCUGUGCAGCCUGGAGAGGAAGAUCCUCAACAUGGAGCUCAGACACCAGCACAGAGAGAAAGAGCUGCAGCAGGUGAUCGGGGGGUCGUGGCAGACAUUGGAGGCUGAUCAGCAGUCAGAGGUGGAGCGCUGGAGGCGUCUGGCUCAGGACAAGAGCAGAGAGCUGGAGGCUUUCCGUCUGGAGCUGGACUCCAUCCUGGACAUCCUGAGACAUCUCCAAAGACAAGGAGUGCUCCUCCCGACUCCUGAUCCCCACAUCACAAGCCAAGAUAGACAACAUAAGCAAUAAUCAAUAUCUCAGCAUUAGAAUUGGUUCAGGUGAAGGGCUUCCCAUUGACAGCCAGUAUAAUAUAGUCAAUAUCGCACAUAUCAGAGAUGGACAAUGCUUCCUGGUCAGCAGCUGUCUUAACAUCAGCGAUACUUAAUGUUAACACACACAAACAGAGAUAAAGCUACAAUAUACUCAGAGUUUUAGUUGGGAUUCAGAGACAGAAACAUUUAAAGACAUGAAGUCUUUACACACAUACUGUACCUGUUUAUUAUUUUUGUGUGUAUAUUUUGUUGCUAGUUUCAAUUUUCUAUUUAAAUUAUUGUAACUUAGUUUAGGCGUAGUGAAAAAUAAAUGUUUUUUCAAGUCUUAA